AUGUCGUUCAAGAUCAGAGUAGCUUACAUCCCUGAACAUUUCUCGACUCCUUUAUUUCUUGCUGAAAAGCAGGAAUAUUACAAGUCGAAAGGUCUAGAAAUUGAGUUUAUUCCGGUUCUUGAAGGAACGGGUCGCUUAAUCAAAUUGUUAAAUGAUAACGAAGUUGAUAUCGCUAUCGGAUUGACUGAAGGAUUUAUCGCAGAUAUUGCUAAGGGAAAUGAAGCUUACAAAGUCGUCGGAUCUUACGUAACCUCGCCCUUAUGUUGGGCCAUCAGUACCGGAUACAAUAGAGAUAAGAUUAAUAAACCAGAGGAUUUGGCAGGUGAUCGCAUUGGUGUCUCUAGGAUUGGAUCUGGCUCUUAUAUUAUGAGUUUCGUUUUGGGACUUCAAUUGAAGCUUCCUGAGCCUUAUUUCAGUGAUUUUCCGGUCUUAUCCAACUUUAAGAACUUGAGAGAUUCAGUUAAUCGUAAGUUGUCCGAUGAUUUAAAUAGUGACGCCUUCAUGUGGGAGUAUUUUACUUCAAAGAAAUAUUAUGAUAACAAAGAGAUCAAGAAAAUAGGUGAGAUCUAUACACCUUGGCCAUCGUGGGUUAUUGCUGCUAAGCGUGAAAUCUUAGACCUGAACAUAGCAGAAGUCAAGAGCUUCUUGGAGUCAAUUAGAAAAGGUAUGAAGUUUUUCCUUGAAAAUAAAGAUGCGUCUGUUAGCCACAUCGCUACAAAUUUAGAUUAUACUGAAGAAGAUGCUCAAGAAUGGUUGAAGACAGUGAAGUUCAAUGAAUCUGUAGGUGAGACGGAAAUCGAUUGGAAAUCAGUUGUCGAAAAUACUGCAGAUGUCUUGAAAAAGGCUGGCGUGUUGACUGAUGAUGACAAUACCAUCCAAAAAAGAUUGGAAAAAGGAGUUGUCAAGGUAUUAUAG